AUGUCUUAUUGGAUUCAGCCUGUGUAUGUUGCUGAUGUGGCAUUUGCAGUUGUCACCGCCUUGAAAGAUGAUGGUAGCAACAUGGGAAAAGUAUAUGAACUUGGUGGGCCAUAUGUGCGAGUGGUAAGAGUCUUAAAGAAUCAGCCACAGGGGCUUGUUCCCAUAGAUUAUCAUAUGGAUUCAGAUUACGCUUUAAAGAAGUAUGAUAAUGUAAGCAUGGAUCUUGUUUAUAAACAUGUUGCAUGUUCAUCUGCUGAUGGGCAUACACUUUUGGAGUCAUCUAAAACAUCUUUGGAUAAAGGCAAACUUGAAGAUGCUGUCAACUUUGGAACAAAGGGAAUUGACCAACUACGCCCUGGUAUAGGUCUUCAAGUCCAUAAACCCAAUUUACAGAACCCAAAUCAGUUUUAUUUGGCAUCACAACAACAACAGCAACACGAACAUCAACAACAACAACAAUUAUUAGCACAUGCUCAGGCACAAGGAAAACUUGGUGCAUCACCAAAUUACGGAUUUUCUAGAUUAUCAAGAGGCAAUAUAAUCAUGAAAGAUGGUCAACCGUUGAGAAACGAAGGAUCUAAUGGUAUCUUUAAGAAUGCUAAGGUGCCUCUCUUGAUCUUGUCUGUUUGUUCUAUCAAGCCUCUAAAAGAUUCUCCUGUUCUUAUGUAUUUGCCUGGGUUGGAAGGAAUUGGAACUGGCCUUGUUGUAAAUGAGAAAGCUCUUGGAAAGUGUGUUGAAUUUAGCUAA